GUGAGGGCCGGCGUGGAGGUUGGAGUGGGUGUCGCAUUCCAAAUACAGAAGUCAGAGUGAUUCAGAGACCUGGGGGAGCGAGGAGGAAGAGAGAGAGGACAUCCGUCUGCCAGGUGGGCUUCCUGACUGCAGCAGUGCAGCGAGAUGUCCCAGAGGGACAGACAGAUUCCAGCAGAGAGAUUCGAACCAGAACUACAGGCCUGGUCUUCAGGAGAGGACACUGAGUUUGACAAUGAGCCUGAGUACAAGCUGCAGCUUUACAGCCUUCUUGUUCCCAGCAUAGCCGACUCCUUUCUUCAGCCACAAAACAUAGAGCCACUGAUGAACCCCUGUGUUCAACAACUCCAGGAAAGCAUGAGAGGGCAAGUGACUGCUGAAGGUCUGUGGCAUGCCAUCAGAGAAAGUUCCAGAAGCCAGUGGCCCCUGGUCUGCUCACAGCGCCUGCAGGGCUUGGCCAAGCAGGCCGCAGUCGAGGUUCUGAAGCACUCCAGGCCCGACGUGGACAGACUGCGCAAUGUGGCAGACAUGCAGCAAGGGAUAGCAGACGCUGUCCUGAGAGCCAACCCACCAGAUGACCUGAACGACACAACUGGCCAAGUCGGACCCAGCAGGUUCCUGGCACCAGGCCUUGUGCCCACUCUGAUAGAAACCCGCGGUACAGCAGACCAGAAAUGCCACACACAAAUGAAACGACAAAAGAUACCACAGCAACAUCCAGCCCCAACUCCACACAGAAUGAAAUGGGAUGGAAAACCGUAUCGUUUCCUCACAGAUGAUGAUGCUUCUGCAGUCGAACAUUCUGCCUGGUGGAGACACUUAAACAGAGAGAAACAGUUGGAUCCCAGGCCCACAAGGACAACACGAUUCUCCCUCAAAGAUGUCUAUCCAAGAAACUCUGAGAACUUCAGGUCCUCAAUUCAAGUCUGUCUCAUUAAACACAAUUAGCUUUUGUUCAU